AUGAUCCUACGUUUCCGUUCACCUGAUGGUUCUUGGCGUAUUGACAUCCAACCAACAGAUGAUGCUUCUGUUCUCAUCACAAAGCUUGUUGAAAAUUUACCAAAAGAUGUUGAUUCAAAUUCGAUCGUUAUUUCUGAUCGCCCGGCAAAUGGGAAGACAAGGCCAUUACGAGAACUGAAAGGAAUGCUAAUUUCUGAUCUUGGGUUGAGUCAUGGAGAUCAGCUUUUUCUUUCUUACGGCAAAGUCUCGGAAGUCCCAAUACAAGCGCCCUCUACCACUAGCAAUCAACCCGCCAGUAUUCGGCUUAAUGGCCAGCCAAUCCGGGCAUCUGACGAUGUAUCGCAUCGUUUAACUACAACUACAAAUGACUACACCUCUCACGAUAACACCCCUAAUCCCUGGGAAACUGUUGUUCAGGACCCUGUCGAUGACUUACUUGAAAAACAAGAUGGAAAGAUCCCUAGGCCACGAGACAGAUUAUGCAAGCACGGCGCGAAGGGAAUGUGUGAUAACUGCAUGCCUUUGGAACCAUACGAUGCGGGCUAUCUAUCUGAGAGGAAAAUCAAGCAUUUAAGCUUUAAUUCCUACCUGAGGAAGACGAAUGCUAGUACCAACAAACCUGAGCUAAAGACCUCAUACAUGCCUCCUCUAUCUGAGCCCUUCUUCAGAGUUCGCAAGGAUUGUCCGUCAGGACACCCUGCGUGGCCUGAAGGUAUCUGUACGAAGUGCCAACCAUCUGCGAUUACUUUACAACCUCAGACAUUUAGGAUGGUAGACCAUGUGGAGUUCAGCGAUCCAGCGCUGAUCGAUAACUUUAUAAACUUUUGGAGACAAACAGGAUGUCAAAGAAUUGGUUAUCUUUACGGACGUCUAGAACCCUAUUCUGAAAUCCCACUGGGGAUUAAAGCGGUUGUCGAUGCAAUCUAUGAGCCACCACAGGUGAACGAAAUGGAUGGUGUUACGUUAACCUUACCCUGGGAAGGAGAGAAGGAUGUAAACGAGAUUGCAGCACUGUGCGGCCUUCGAAAAGUCGGUGUGAUCUACACCGAUUUGCUCGAUGACGGGACUCAAACGGGUAAAGUAGUCUGUAAAAGGCACAUUGAUUCUUACUAUCUUUCUUCCCUCGAGAUUGUGUUUGCAGCUAGGCUCCAGGCUGAAAAUCCCCAUCCAAGCAAGUGGUCCGAAACUGGCUGGUUUGGGUCCAGUUUUGUUACGUGCGUUGUCUCUGGAGAUGAGGAUGGCGGAAUCAAUGUGUCAUCCUAUCAAGUCUCCAACACUGCAGUCGAAAUGGUCCGUGCAGACAUCAUCGAACCCUCCGCGGACCCAUCAGUUAUGAUGGUUAGAGAAGAGGAUGAUAGGUCACGUUAUAUUCCUGAGGUCUUUUAUAGGCACAUCAACGAAUAUGGAGCCAACGUCCAAGAAAACGCAAAGCCAAGUUUCCCGGUAGAAUAUCUACUAGUUACCUUGACGCAUGGAUUCCCUGUUGAAAAGCGUCCGAUGUUCACGGCUCCUCUUGGUCAGUUUCCCGUGGAGAAUAGGGAACUCACGGGUGCAUCUCAGGACCACCGCGCAGUGGCAAAACAAUUAGGCAUUACAACUUCAAGCGGAAACGAACCACAAGGCGGGAUAGAUGUCGUCAGCGAUUUCCAUCUUCUAACUUUUUUGAAAAACUGGGGUAUUCUUGACAAGAAAGAAGAAGAGUUAUUAGCAAAGGUGGCAACUGGUCACGAUGUUAUUGAUGGGCAUCAACUCUUACAAAUGCCCGGAUGGCAAACUCUGAUGACGAUACUCCGGGAGAGCGGUGAGAGCGCCCCUAGAAAACGUGUUUUUGAUUCGCCCUCCAGCUUUCAUUUUGGCGGCGGAGACGGCAAAAACGGUAAUGACCGGAGCUUGGCUAAACGUUUGAGGGCGGUCAGCUUAAAAUAA